ACCCCAUCCGCGGGGACGACACAACCGGUCCGUCCGUCCGUCCGUCCGUCUGUCUGUCCGUCCGUCCGUCCGUCCUUCAGGCCGGGGCGGUUUCGUAGCCCUACGAGCAGAACGGGGCGGAGGAUAAGAGAGCAAAACCGCCUUCGGGUCGGCGUUCCCUUUACGGGGGGGGGGACGUCAAAAGCCGUCGCCUUCACCUGCCGGGACCUCAAAGACACCCCACACCUUCCAGGACCCGACCCCCACCCCCACCCCCACCCAACCCCCCCCACCCCACCCUGAGUCACCGCUGAGACACGGCCCACAUCCCAACCCCGCCAUAAAUACGGCCCAGGGAUCGCUCCUCCGCUUCCCGACGCUCCUCCUCCUCCCGGAAUGGCUCAGCACUCACACGGGGCCUUCGUCCCCACCGUCCUCCUCGUGCUGGGGCUGCUGCUGACCACCGCCCCACUGCGGGCGCAGAAGGGGAACGGGGGCAGCGGCGGAGGCAACGACAUGGAAGAGACGGAUGAGUCCCGCAUCAUCGGGGGGAGGCCGUGCUCCAUCACGCAGCGGCCCUUCCAGGUGGCCCUGAUCAAGAAAGGACAAAUCCUCUGUGGGGGGAGUUUGGUGGACGCCCAGUGGGUCCUCACAGCCGCACACUGCAAGCAGCCCAGCAGAGACCUUCGGGUGCUGAUCGGGACGGACACUCUCCGCGACGGCACCGGGGAGGUGAGGACCAUCACCCGUUCCAUCGUCCACCCCUCUUACGACCCCCGGAGGAACGACAACGACUUCAUGCUGCUGAGGCUCAACAAAGCCGUACGCUUCGGCAGCAGCAUCAAAAAGAUCCGCAUCGCCAACAGCUGCCCCACGGAUGGGAUGCGCUGCAGCGUAUCGGGGUGGGGGACCACCAGAUCACCCGGAGCUCAGCUCCCCAGGGACCUGCAGUGCGCCGGCGUCCAGGCCUUUGGGAGGGAGAAGUGCAUGAGGGCGUACGGGAGGUCCAUCACCCCCAACAUGUUCUGCGCCGGCGUCCCACAGGGCGGCGUCGAUUCGUGCCAGGGCGACUCCGGGGGUCCUCUGGUGUGCAAUGGGGUCCUGCAGGGGGUGGUCUCGUGGGGUAUGGCCGUCUGCGGGCGCAAAGGGCAGCCCGGCGUCUACUCCAACGUGUGCCGCGCUCAGUCCUGGAUCCGGAGAUACAUCCGUGGGUAGAGGGGACCCCCCCGACCCCCCACCCCGACCCCCCACCCCGACCCCCCACCCCGAAUUCCCCCCCCCCCCACCCCCUAAAAAAAUGGAGAUUUCUGCCCUUAAUUUAAGGCAAAAAAGCCCCAAAAUGGGGGUUCUCCAACCCAACCCAACCCAACCCAACAUCGGGAGUUUGGGAGAGAGGGGGGGGGGAUUUGGGUACGAAAUAAAGGAAGGGGUUGAAAAUGGGGGUUGGGAGUGAGCCCUUCGUCACGGCCCACGGGGGGCGAUAAUUAGCGGCCUCUUAAUUAAGAGAGAGGCUUCGUAAUUAGGGAUUUCCCUGGGUGAUGUAAACGAGAAACCCUUCGCUGUGACAUAAAGCACGGAUCCCAUCUCCCACUCCGGCGCUGGGGGAGAGGGACUCAUGAACGAGGCUGAUGAAUGAGGCUAAUUAAUAAUUAACGGGCCAUUAAUUGCCAUCCCCCGAGAAGAACUCCGUCGUUUAGAGAGCAGCUUCUUAAUUAACCGUCUCCCUCAGCAACGUAAAUGAGAAACUCUUCGCUGUGAGAUGGGGGGUGCGGAUCCCCUCCAUCUCCCGCGCCCGCGCUGGGGGGAAAAGAGAUUAAUUAAUGAGACUAAUUAAUGAGACUAAUAAAUAAUUAACCAGCUCUUAAUUGUCA